UGAUGCGGGACACAUGCGGCAAGGCUAUCUUCACCAUGUUCUGGCCAGACAGUCUGGGCCUCGACAUCAAAUGGUUGCCUGAAUACGAUGUCGCGGUUCGGCAGUGGAUGAAACCGUGCAAGUUCGAUGAGAUAUUUGUGAUGAGUGCUGUCACACCAGGACAUGAUGCUGUCGAGUCCCUACGAUGCUCAUACACCCAUUUUGGGUCUAACGCACGUUACUGUCUGCAAGAAUCUCACCAUGCCAGUGAUGCUGAUUGUCAUCUCCGUGAACUCGAGCAUGCAACCCACACUGCGCGAACGAGAAGCCAGAUACAGCCAUAAUCUCUUUGCUGUGGCACCUGGAAAAUCCCACCCAGAUCUGUUCCCAUACCCCAUGUCACAAUUCGCUAGCAGGCUCCUCGUGGACAAGGUCGUCUCCAUGGACUCCUUCACCGCGAAAGAGAUCGCCGACGACCUAAUAAAAUCGGAGGACGCGAAAGAUGCGGGUGAGCUCGGACGCCCUGAUUUGCAUGGACAAUGCCAUCCGGCAAAUGAAGACUUUGUGCUGCGAACAAAGAUUCAUUUAGCGCCAAAGGACCAGCGGGACAUGGCCCCAAGCUAUACAUAUACAAUGCAACACGAACUCGCAAUGUUAGCGGAGAACUGUCCGCAGGUCCUCCUCUCCCCCAAUCAUGGGCUAGUGCAUCCAGGCACUGAUGCAGUCAUGUUCGAUGCCAGCACGUCGACAAUGUGGCUCGUGCAGGUGACGCAUGGAUCCCAUCGCCCAGUCUCUCCGCACGGACUUCUCUUCUUGCUAGAUGUUGUAUGGGGCAGCCCUUACGAACCAUCCCCAAAACACCCCUUCGCACCUCAUCUUCGCCACACGGGGGCAACCUAACAAUAUCUUCUUUCAGCUCAGCGGGAACGAACGAACACAGUACUUCUCCACAUUCUUCUGGACGUGUAAAGCUGUAAAUCAUGCAGCUGCGCGACACAGAUUGCAAUGUCCACUCUUCGAACCCGUAUGAGCAGUGGGGUUUCCCUUAUAAAGCUCCGCAGAAGAA